CCGGAAGGCCGGAGCCGGUAUGGGUGUCCCGCGGCAUCGCUCCCCUCGCUCGCUCCGCCUCGGCUCCUGUGGUUCCGCCUGCCUGCUUGUGGCUCAGCGCGCCCGGCCUGCUCUCCGCUGCCUGCCGGGAUCUCUUAGUCUGAACCCGGGUGUGUUCGCACCACUAGAGGCACACUAAAAAUAAUCCCUCUAAGAAUGAAAUAUGACUGAUGACUCUCAGAGAAACUUUCGCUCAGUCUAUUAUGAGAAAGUUGGGUUUCGUGGAGUUGAAGAAAAGAAAUCACUGGAAAUCCUCCUGAAGGAUGACCCUUUGGACAUUGAGAAGCUUUGCACCUUCAGCCAGAGGUUCCCUCUCCCAUCCAUGUACCGUGCAUUGGUAUGGAAGGUGCUUCUAGGAAUCUUGCCUCCACACCAUGACUCUCAUGCCCAGGUGAUGGCCUAUCGCAAAGAUCAGUACUCUGAUGUCCUUCAUGCCCUGACAGUAGUCCACUUCAUCAAUGAUGCCACCCCUCCUGUUGAAGUGUAUCUUCGCAUGCAUCAGCUUGAGUCUGGGAAGUUGCCUCGAAGUCCCGCUUUCCCGCUGGAGCCAGAGGAUGAAGUCUUUCUUGCCAUCGCCAAAGCCAUGGAAGAGAUGGUGGAGGAUAGCGUUGACUGUUACUGGAUCACCCGCUGCUUCGUGAAGCAGUUACAUAGCAAGUUCCGGGAUUCUUUACCUCAGCUGCCCAAGGCUUUUGAGCAGUACUUGAAUCUGGAAGAUGGUAGGCUGCUGAGUCACCUGAAGACAUGUUCCGCGGUGUCCAAACUUCCUUAUGAUCUCUGGUUCAAAAGGUGCUUCGCAGGAUGCCUGCCUGAGUCCAGUUUACAGAGGGUCUGGGAUAAAGUUGUCAGUGGGUCCUGUAAGAUCCUGGUGUUUGUGGCCGUAGAAAUAUUGUUAACCUUUAAAAUAAAAGUUAUGGCAUUGAACAGUGCGGAGAAGAUAACAGAGUUCCUGGAAAACAUCCCUCAGGACAGUUCGGACGCUAUUGUGAGCAAGGCCAUCGACUUGUGGCACAAACACUGUGGGACCCCGGUCCAUUCAGCCUGACAACUUGUGACUUGGAGGGCAGUCUGCAGGCACGCCCUGAGCACUUUGUCCAUGUCUGCCCGUCUCCUGUUUAGAAAUGGGAAUCUUGCUGUGGUGCUCCAAGUGCAGUCCCCACCCCUCUCAGUAAAAUAAUUCAAUCACAGUGCCCGGGGCAGCCGGGCUGUGCAGCAGCAUCUCUUGGUGAUACCGACACACACGUCUCUGGGAUGGUAUUUUAAAGUGUGGUUAGGAAAUCCUCCUGGUCCUUAGGCAGCUCAGUUUAGGUGCAGCCUGAGUAUGCUAGUGAAAGGUACAUGAAGCCCUGCCCGCCUGUAGUGAGACCAGCGCAGUAACAGCUCUGCCUGACCUGAAACUCUGUAGACCAGGCUGUUCUCGAACUCACAGAGAUAUGCCUCCCACUGCCUCCCAAGUUCUGGAACGAAAGGUGUGCCCCACCACCACCCGGCAAAUAACUUUUUGUUGUUUUUCGAGACAGGGUUCUUUGUGUAGCCUGGGUUGGCCUUGAACUCAGAGAUCCUUCUGCCUCUGCCUCCCAUGUGCCGGGAUUAAAGGUGUGCACCACCGCCGCCCAGUUA